AUGGCACCCGCGGCCGCCCAACGGAACCGGCGGCGUGGCGCCCUGCGGGCGGUACGUACCGGUGAGCCGGGUCACGUGCCUUCCGUUCCGUUCCCUUCGAUCGGCGCCGCCGACUUUUCCUCCUCGCACGACUGCGGGCUAAGAAAGUGUAAUGCCAGCUGCGCGCCGCGUGGCAUUCCACGCCGGCAGCCGACCCCUGGUGCUAAUGAAUGGCAGUACCGACGUGGUACUCCGUCGUUAGUAGGGCCUCUGCGAUGCCGUAGUAGAUGCCAUGGACGGCCAGCACCGACCACAUCAUGUCGGGUCGUUUCGGCCACGCCACGUGGGACCCGAGCGGCGGCGAAUUCGCAACCGCCUGGCUCCUCGCCAUUUGCGUGCCAGGUAUCCAGACACCCAAGAACAGAUUCCUCAUGCAAGAGGCACUGCGUCGGCCAAGUGCACGUGCAAAUGUGGCAUCGUAGUGCUGAGUGCCGCUCUAGCGGUCCGAAACAUAUACACGGUGUGUCGCACAGUCACACCUUGAAGUAUUGA